AUGAAGAAGGAAGAAAAUGCAUCCUUGCACACCUAUCUGGGGUCGGCAACUGGAACCUCUAUUCCAUGCAUGCACCUGUGUGUGGUUGUGUGGGUGUUGAACCCUGAAGCUGACGAACCUUCAGCAGUGGUGGAGGCUGAUGCUGGUAGGAAGCAGUUGUGGGAGCAGGAUAUUUUUGGCAUGCUGGCAGAGGAGGAUCAUGAAGACAUUGCAUUGAUAUAUGGGAAGUUCUAUCUGGUGGACUUCGGGUACCCCAACCGUCCAGGUUACCUGGCUCCGUACAAGGGAACCAUGUACCAUAUUCAAGACUUCCAAGACGUCGCAGAACCACGAGAGGGCUCUAUUGAUCAGCCUGAAACUGUUGAUGCCCCAGAUUUUGAAGAUGUUGCACAGAUGAAUGCAUUUCGUGAUUAUAUUACUGACCACCUGUACAAUAGAGACUGA